AUGGAAAACCUUACAAAACACAGCAUUGAGUGUUCAAGUUUCAGAGGUGAUUGGGAAUGUAAAAGCCAGUUUGAGAGAAAACAGGGAUCUCAGGAAGGACAUUUCAGUGAAAUGAUAUUUACUCCUGAAGACAUGCCCACUUUCAGUAUCCAGCAUCAGAGAAUUCAUACUGAUGAGAAACUCCUUGAAUGUAAGGAAUGUGGGAAGGAUUUUAGUUUUGUAUCGGUCCUUGUUCGACAUCAGCGAAUUCAUACUGGUGAGAAACCUUAUGAAUGCAAAGAAUGUGGCAAGGCCUUUGGUAGUGGUGCAAACCUUGCUUACCAUCAAAGAAUUCAUACUGGUGAGAAGCCUUUUGAAUGUAAAGAAUGUGGGAAGGCCUUUGGUAGUGGCUCAAACCUUACUCACCAUCAGAGAAUUCAUACUGGUGAGAAACCCUAUGAGUGUAAGGAAUGUGGGAAAGCCUUUAGUUUUGGAUCAGGCCUUAUUCGACAUCAGAUCAUUCACAGUGGUGAGAAGCCUUAUGAGUGUAAGGAAUGUGGGAAGUCCUUUAGUUUUGAAUCAGCCCUUAUUCGGCAUCACAGAAUUCACACAGGUGAGAAACCUUAUGAAUGUAUAGAUUGUGGUAAAGCCUUUGGCAGUGGUUCAAACCUUACUCAACAUCGGCGGAUUCAUACUGGUGAGAAACCUUAUGAAUGCAAAGCAUGUGGAAUGGCCUUUAGCAGUGGUUCGGCCCUUACUCGGCAUCAGAGAAUUCAUACCGGUGAGAAACCAUAUAUAUGUAAUGAAUGUGGUAAGGCCUUUAGUUUUGGAUCAGCCCUUACUCGACAUCAAAGAAUUCAUACUGGUGAGAAACCUUAUGUAUGUAAGGAAUGUGGGAAGGCUUUUAAUAGUGGCUCAGAUCUCACUCAACAUCAGAGAAUUCACACUGGUGAGAAACCCUAUGAGUGUAAGGAGUGUGAGAAAGCCUUUAGAAGUGGUUCAAAACUUAUUCAGCAUCAAAGAAUGCAUACUGGUGAGAAACCUUAUGAAUGUAAGGAAUGUGGGAAGACCUUUAGUAGUGGUUCAGACCUUACUCAACAUCACAGAAUUCAUACUGGUGAGAAACCCUAUGAAUGUAAGGAAUGUGGGAAGGCCUUUGGUAGUGGCUCAAAACUUAUCCAACACCAGCUAAUCCAUACUGGUGAAAGACCCUAUGAAUGUAAAGAAUGUGGAAAGUCCUUUAGUAGUGGUUCAGCUCUUAAUCGGCACCAGAGAAUACACACUGGUGAGAAACCCUAUGAAUGUAGGGAGUGUGGGAAGGCUUUUUAUAGUGGCUCAAGCCUUACUCAGCAUCAGAGAAUUCAUACAGGUGAGAAACCUUAUGAAUGUAAGAACUGUGGGAAGGCUUAUGGGAGGGAUUCAGAGUUUCAGCAACAUAAGAAAAGUCAUAAUGGUAAGAAACUCUGAAUUGGAAACUAUAAAUUGAAAUUAUGUGCUGAAGGAAGGACUCUAAACAUAUGACGUAAGAAAAUUCAUAGUGGUGAAAAUCUCUACAAAUAGAACUAAGGUAGAAAUGCCUUAUGCUUCACAGGUUAGUCAGUCUAAGAAUAUUUAUACAGGAAAAAAAUUACCCCAAAUAAAAUAAAUAUUUGAAGAUCCUUAUCUAUAUUCAUUCCUUCAUUACUUUUGGAAAAUUCUUACUUGUGAAUGUUAAAAAUGAAAAAAAAUCAUUUAUUGUAUUUUGCCUCAACUUUAAACAUUGGAAAACUCAUUUCUGGGUUAAUCCUACUAUAUUUUUUCAAUGGUCUUUUUUUGUAUUAUACAGAAUUACUGAUUCAUCGAAAAAUUAUUUUAUUUAUUGCAAGUCUAAAUUUAUCUUUUUUUCUUUCCUGAUUAUCCGAACACCAUUUAUUCAAUAACCUUGUCCAUUUUCAUAUUUUUUUUUGACUAUUUGAUGGUAAGUUACAUUUUUAUUCACAUAAAGCUUGGAUAUCAGGUCAGUGUUUUUUUGUUUUUGUUUUUGGUUUUUUUUUUGAGACGGAGUCUCACUGUCACUAGGCUGGAGUGCAGUGGUGCAAUCUCGGUUCACUGCAACCUCCACCUCCCGAGUUCAAGUGAUUUUCCUGCCUCAGCUUCCCUAGUAGCUGGGACUACAGGCGCCCGCCACCACGCCCGGCUAAUUUUUUGUAUUUUCAUUAGAGAUGGGGUUUCACCACGUUGGCCAGGAUGGUCUCAAUCUCUUGACCUCGUGAUCCAUCCGCCUUGGCCUCCCAACGUGCUAGAAUUAUAGGCAUGAGCCACCAUGCCUGGCCCAGUGUUUGUUUUUUAAAUUUAUAUAUAUGUAUCUAUGUCUCAUCCUGUUUUUGGUCAAUAACUGUUACUUUUAAGUAUCCUUUAAUACCUGUACCUUUUGUUUUAGAAGAUUGUUUACUUUCCUUUUAUAAAAUUAUACUCUCCAUUUUAGCAAAACAGCUUUCCCUCAUCAUAAUGUAGAUAAAAAGAAAAAAAGGAUAUGGUUACCUGUAAUCUUACCAAUCAUAGAUAAUCACUGUCAAACUUUUGGAGCAAAUCCUUUAAUACUAUCUCUCAUUGUUUUGGAAACAAGGUGUGAUUAUGCUAUACUAUAACCAGCCCUUAAUAUUUUUUGUCUGUAAAUAUGUUGUUACCAUUUUAUUGGCUUUAUAGUAUUCACCUGUCUUUAUCAAACCCCAAUUUUGUCAAAUAUUAAAAAUUUUGUCAUUAUAAACACUUACCUUGAUGGCC